AGCCAACCCCGAUGACCAGUGAUGGAGGAGGACAGCCGGGACGAGCUCGCGGAGCAAAGCGCGGCGCCGGAUGGACGCGUGCGCCUCAGCCCGGCCGCGGUGGCCAGUGAUGCGGAGAGCGGCAGCGGCGGGGACUCUGACGAUGAUUUGGGCAGCGAGUACAGCGCGGCCACCGAGGACGAGGACGAGGCGGCCCUGGAGGAGGGAUCUGAUUCCGAGGACGAGGAAGAUGACGGGGCGCUGGCAGCGGCUCUGGGGCCUCUGGAGCCGGAGGGCUCCUUGCACUCGGACGACGACUCUGAGAGCUGCCCCAUCUGCCUCAACCCCUUCCGGGACCAGGCCCUGGGCACCCCGGAGAGCUGCGCCCACUACUUCUGCCUGGACUGCAUCAUGGAGUGGUCCAAGAACGCCAAUUCCUGCCCCGUGGACCGCACGCUGUUCCAGCACAUCUGCAUUCGGGCUGAGUUCGGCGGGAAAGUCCUGAAGAAGGUCCCGGUGCAGAACGCUGCGGCCCAGGCGGCGGAGGAGGAGGAGGACCCGACCUUCUGCGAGGUGUGUGGCCGGAGCGACCGCGAGGACCGCUUGCUGCUGUGCGAUGGCUGUGACGCAGGGUACCACAUGGAGUGCCUGGACCCCCCCCUGCAGGAGGUGCCGGUGGAUGAGUGGUUCUGUCCGGAAUGCGGGGGCCCCGAGGCGGCUACCGCGGCUGACGCGGGCUCGGGGAGCGAGGACGAGGUGUCCCUGCUGCUGGCUGACGUGGUGCCCACCAGCAGCCGCCUGCGGCCCCGCCCCGGCAGGACCCGGGCCAUCGCCAGGACGCGGCAGAGCGAGCGGGUCCGCGCCAACGUGAACCGGAACCGGCUGUCGACGGCCAGGAGCAUCGGGCAGGUCCCGAGGCACCUCAUGUCCUCGCUGCUGGACGAGACCAUCGAAGCCGUGGCUGCUGGGCUGAGCACUGCAGUGUACGAACGCCCCCUGACACCCCGCGCGCCCCUCAAACGGAGGAGGAAGACAGGCCGACGCAAGAAGGCGCAGGCCAAGUCGGGGCGGAGCCGGGGCGCCAGGACCAGGACUAAGAAGCGCCAGGGCCGCGCCAAGAGGCGGGGGAGAUGCCCCAAGAAUGAAGUCACCGCCCGCUCCCGCAUCGCCAGAACGCUGGGGCUCCGCAGGCCAGCCCGCGGCGCCUGCAUCCCCGCCGUGCACAAGCCCGCCGAGCCCUCGCUGGGCCUGAUGCGGGCCGACAUCGGGGCUGCCUCCCUGUCUCUCUUUGGGGAUCCCUAUGAGCUGGACCCCUUCGACAGUGGUGAAGACCUGUCUCCACACUCUGCCUCCCCGCUGGGCACCAAGAGGACGGCGCUGUCCCGCUCGGCCCUGCGCUCACACCAGCCUGUGGCCAGGCCACUCUCCAUGGGCAUCUCCAGGAGGGCCGUUCCCGCGGCAGCGCCCGAACCGGAGGUGGACGCCCCUGUCCCUGACCUGCUGGGAAGUAUUCUGUCUGGCCAGAGCCUCCUGAUGCUUGGCAGCGCCGACGUGUUCAUCCACCGGGAUGGGUCCCUCAGCGCCAAGCGCUCGGCUCCAGUUUCCUUUCCACGCGCCUCCGCGGGGCCGUCCAAAGCUGGGGGAGGCUGUGGGGCUGGGCACUCGCCCAGCCCAGACAACAGGCCGCAGAGCUGGGGGUCGAGCCCUCCGGACCAGCCCCUCCCAGGCACGCGCCCACCCCUGCCAGCCCCCACCUGCGUCCCGACCGUGAAGCUGAACUCCUCAGGGACACCCAGGCGUCAGACUCCGAUCACGUCGGCCGUGAGCAGGCCCGGCUUGAAGCCCAGCGAAGGUCCCUGCGUACGGGGCCAUGGCCGGCCGGCCCCACCCUUCCAGGCCGCGUCUUCCAGGGCCCCCGGGUGUGGCUCCAGGUCCCCCACGGACGGCGCUACCCGGCAGGCCCCGACCCGGCCUCCCCGGACGGACAUCUCCCUGCUGCCACGGAUACCAAAGAUCAGGAGAGAGGAGAGUGGGGGCCCGCGGGGGGCCACUGCCCCCGCGUGCGGGCAGCACGUCGAGCUCCCCAGCUCCUGCAUCAGCCGCCUGACGGGCAAGGAGGGCCCGGGGCAGCCUGCUCGUGGCACCCGGGCCGAGGGCGAACCCAGCAGCCGGGGCCCGCAGGAACCCAGUGCCCAGGCCGGCGGCUCCCAGUCUCUGGCCCCGCGGGCCCCCUGCAGAGGGAAGGGGGCCACCUUCGAGAGCUUCAGGAUCAACAUUCCCGGGAACACGGCACACGCCGGCUGCGCGGCGAGCCCUGGCUUCUGCAACACCUUCAGGCCCGUGGACAGCAAGGCGCAGCGCAAGGAGAACCCGGCGCCCCUCUUCUCCAUCCGCAAGGCCAAGCAGCUCAAGAGCGAGAUCUACGACCCCUUCGAGCCCACGGGCUCCGACUCCUCGUCCGCGGACGGCAGCCCGGAGCGCCUGGGCCAGGGCCUCCUGCCCUCGGAGAUCACGCGCACCAUUUCCGUGGGCAGCCCCCAGGCGCCCGCCGAGCACCAGGCCGUGCGCUGCGUCACCUCCUACACUGUGCAGAGCGGCUUCGGGCCGGGCCCGCGCUCCCCCGGCAGCCCCGACAGCCCCGGGCCCGCCGCCCCACCCGCGCCCUGGGAUGACGCGGACGGGCCGCCCCGCAGCUCCUUCUUCGGCUCCGAGGAGCGGACAGUGACCUGCGUGCCCGUCGGCGAGCCGGAGCCCCCGCAGACCACCCACCGCAUCGUGGAGCUGCACGCCCCGACCCCGUCCCCGUCCCCGUCCCCGUCCCGCUCCCGCUCCAGGUCCAGCUCCCGCGGCCGGAAGGCGGCCAAGAAGCAGCGGGCGGGGCCCAGGGAGCACCGCAGGACGCGCUCGCGCUCCCGCUCCGGGGACAGGAGCUCGCGCUCGGCCUCGCUGGCCCCCGGCGAAGAGCACGGCCGGAGGCCCCGGGCCCACGCGCGCAGCCGCCGGUCGUCCAGCGAGCACUCGAGCAGCCGUGAGCGCGCCCGGCGCAGGAAGGCCAAGGCCCGCAGCAAGGAGAGGAAGAAGAGUUCCGGCUCCCACGGCCGGCGCAGGGCCCGCUCGGGCAGCCCGGGCAGCCCCGCGCACGGCAGCCGGAGGAAGAGGCCGCGGGCCCGGGGCAGCUCGCCCCCCAGCAGCCUGGACCGCGGCCGGCGCCACCGGCACCAGCGCGAGAGGAGCCGGGAGCGGCCCAGGGAGAGGCCGAGCUCCCGCGACCGCAGGAAGCGCAGGUCGCGCUCUCCGAGCCCGGAGCACCGGUCGCGGGAACAGCGGCGCCCCCACUCCCGGGAGAAGCGGCCGCGGGCCCGCUCCCCCGAGAGGAAGCCGGCGGUCGCGCCCACGUCCCCCCAGCCGGAGCAGCCCACGCCGGGCAGCGAGCCUCCUGCCAAGCCCCCCGUCUGGCCCGAGGGAGGCGCUGCGCCCGAGGGGCCCCAGGCGGAGGGCCCCCGCAGGACCCCCCCGGUCCCAGAGCCGGUGGCCGAGUGUCCCCCCGAGGACCUGGAUUACGGCGACACUGUGGAGGCAGGGCACGUCUUCGAGGAUUUCGCGAGUGACACCCUCCUCCUGCAACUGGACGACAUGAGCUCCCCCCCAUCUCCCGAGAGCUCCGACUCCUCCCCGGAGCGGCCACUCCUGCCGCCACCUCCCCAGGCCCCGGCCAGCAUCCAGAGGGAGGGGGUCCCGCCCCCCGGAGAGAGCUUGGCGCCACCACCUCCCCGGCAGGAUGCCGUCGAGCCCCCUCCCAGCAGCCCCGCUCCGCCGCUUGGGGGCCCUGCCGUGGGGCCCCUGGAGGAGCCGGGGGCGCCCCCCCUGCUGCGGGGCCGAGCGCUGGUGAAGAGGGUCACGUGGAACCUCCAGGAGGCGGGGGACAGAGGCCUGCGGACGCCGAUUCCCAGGCUGCAGAAGCUGCCCCAGGAGGGGGCCUGGGAGCCGGAGGAGGGGCCCCGUCCAGCCCCCCAGCAGGCCCCCUUCUUGGAGCCGCUGCCUCCCGGCCCUGUGUUCCCGGAGCCCGGCUUCCCCACAGCCAGCCCCUCUCAGGUCUACAACCCCAGCCUGCCUGCGGCGCCGGCGCUGCCCCCCAGCAGUCUCCCCUCCGCCGCGGCCAGCCAGCCCAUGGUCCAGUUCAUCCUGCGGGGCAGCCUUCCCCCGGCCGGCGGGGUCGCGGCGCCCAGCCCUGUGCCCGGGCCCACCGCAGCCCCCGAGCCGGCUGGCCACACCGCCGCCAACAACUCGGAGGAGAGGACGGCACCCCCGCGGCCGGCUGCCGAGAAGGCCAAGAAUGAGGAGUACAUGAAGAAGCUGCACACGCAGGAGCGGGCUGUGGAGGAGGUGAAGCUGGCCAUCAAGCCCUUCUACCAGAGGCGCGAGGUGACCAAGGACGAGUACAAGGACAUCCUGCGCAAGGCCGUGCAGAAGAUCUGCCACAGCAAGAGCCGGGAGAUCAACCCGGUGAAGGUGGCGCACCUGGUGAAGGCGUACGUGGACAAGUACCGCCACAUGCGCAAGCACCGGCGGCCCGAGGCCGGCGAGGAGCCGCCCGCCGCGGGCGCCCAGGGCUGAGGCCGGCGGGCAGCACCGGACUUUUUUAUAUGUACGUGACAGACACGGUUUCCAUUGUGUUCUAAUUUAUCAAACACGGAUUCUCUUUCGGA